UCGGGGCUGCACCGGCCGCUAGUGUUCGCAGCCAUAGAGCUGGGCUCACACUGCACCCGGGCGGUCCUGCACGAUGGCAAAUCAGAGCUGGCGCGUCUAACGUACGACACCAUGCUUGGGCAGCCGAGCAGCCUGCUGGGCAGUUCUGGCAGUCGUGAUCUGCAUCCAGAGGCAAUCCAUCAUACCUUGGCAGCACUAGGACUGAUCAUGUCAACAGCAUCGGCAUCUGCGGCAGCAGCAUCUGCAGCAGCAGCAGCAGCAGCGGCGACCGUGACUGGGACGACGGCUGCCGCAAGCAGCAACGCAGCAUCUGAUGAUGGCAGGCUCCAAGCCGCGCCGGCAGUAGCCGCAGAGCCUGCUGUUGCCGCUGCUGCUGGUGCUGCAGUAACCGCAGGUCAUGCAUGCACGCAUCUGCGGGUGCGGAUGGUGGCGACCGCUGCCGUGCGAGAGGCCAGUGCCGGCAGCCGAGCCGCACUGGCUGCAGCAGCGGAGCAGCUGGCGGGGUGCCGGCUGGAGGUCCUGGAGGGAGAGGAAGAGGGCAGGCUGGCAUGGCGCGGUGUGCUGGGCGCCUCCAGACACCUGCUGCACCCGCCCGCGGUUGCCACAACAACGGCGGGCGCCCCACGGUUGGACAGCGGCAACCCGGCAGCGGCCACUGCUGCUCGGCCGGUACCCGUAGCUGCACCCUCGACGGCGGCAGCAGCUGCAGACACAGCAGCAGCAGCAGUAGCGGAAACAGGAGUGCCGGCACCGGCAGCAGCACCGGGGACGGCAACGGCGGCUGUUGUGGCUGAUGAGGAGGCGUCGGUGCUACUGACAGCAUGUGGCAAGAGGUCGGAGGACGCAGCAGCAGCGGCCGCUGGAGCAGCAGGAAGCGCAGCGGGUGCGGCAGCAGCAGCAGCAGCUGGGAGGGUGUUGCUGGUGGAUAUGGGCGGACGUUCAACGGAGUUCAUACUUGGCGACGUGUCAGGCUCAGAGCCCCCUGUCGCUGUCAGCAUACCGCUGGGCUGCGUAAGCCUCCACAACACCGCUCUGGCUGCCUGCUGCAUGCAACAAGAUCGGCCACAACCGCAACGACAACAACAAACCCAACGGCUCCAACGGUCUGGGCAGAAGCAGCACACAGGCGACGCCACAGGACUGGGGGUCUGGGGGCUUGGUGAGGGGCACGAAGGAUGCGAACAGCAGGAGAGGCAACAGCAACCCUCCCUGGAGAAUCUUGAGGCGUGCGUGGAGCUAGCACGGCAGGUUAUCCUGACUCAUUGCGAGGGCAAGGAAUGGUUGCUUCCACCGCCCGGCAUAACCCAGGACACCACCACCACCACCACCACCACCUCCAACAACCACUACUCCUACACGUCCAGCACUUCCCAACCCGCCUGCUGCUCCAUCUCCCCAACCCUCACGAGCAGCACCAACCACCAAAAACGGCCAAAUGUCCAGCAUGCCGCCUCCAGCACCUCGGCUGCCAGCCCUCAUCAGCCCACCGCCCACCGCUCACAAGGCUCCCCAGUCAUCAUCGUCUUUACGGGCGGUACCGUCACCACCCUGGCUGCCAUGCACCUGCAGCUGCCGCAGUACGAGCGCGCACGGGUCCAUGGGUCGCUUCUAACCGCCGGCAACAUCCGCGCCCUGAUGACACGUCUGGCCGCCUCAUCUCCUCCUGCAGCAACACCCACCUCAAGUGGUGUUGGCGAAGGCGGUGACGGUGGCGGCGGUGACGGUACGGCGGCGGCGCUGGCGUCGUACGAAUGGCUGACGGAGGCGAGGUGUCGUACACUGGCUGCGGGAUGCGCGGGGUUGCUUGGAGUGAUGGCGGCGUUGGGAGUGGAGGAGGUGCGGGUGUCGGAUGCGGAUUUGCUGGAUGGGUUGCUGUCGGAGCUGCUAGAGGAAGCGGGGAUCAGUGGCUGAGGAGUCAGACGUCGCUCAUAGCAACAGAAGGCUUAGCAGGCGGGGUGAGAAGGUGUGAAAGUGCGCUUGGGGAGGUUCCGGAGCUGGUUAGGGGCUUCAGGCAUGCAUGACGGUGGAUGUCCAAGCUCGAAGUGUUUUGCAAUGCCACGGGUCGAGGUCCCGAACGGCGCCCUGUGCACUAUAUAGUAAUCCCGCAUGUCUGUUACAUGCGCAUAUAAAG